AUGCCUCUAAUUGACAUAAAUAAUCCAGAAACGAUAAAGUUUCUUGUUGAAACUUAUGAAAAAACUGCACGACUACGUAUGAAAUGGAACACCAUUCAUGCUGAUAAGUUGAAUCUCGCUGCCACUCUUCAACGAGAGGAAAAGGGUUACCAAGACAUAGAUGUUACCAAAGCUAUCAUGGAACUAGGCAUGCCUGAAGUGACAAGAGGUAAUAUAAACGAUGCGAGGAACCGAAGACUAAAGCACAUAUUAGACUGUAAACACGUGCCUGGCAUCGACAGUCUAAAAAAAGGACACUCUAUUGUUGACGUUGAACUCGGUAAUCCUAAAGAUGACCCUAAACUAGCACGAUCAGACACUGAUCUAUCAAUCGACCCGGUAAUGCGACCUGUUGACCCAGAACAAAGGAAAAUAAUUUACAAGGGCCGUCCUUACUUCGGCCGUGAAGUAUAUUUGAAUAAAAGAUGUAAAGCACAGCUUCCUGAAGAUAGAUAUUACUUCGCUGAAACCAGUUCUUGGAUGUACGGCUGGAGAUUGAAAGACAGUUCCCUCAAAACAACAGGGCCGCAACAUGGACGUGUGUGGCGUCUGGCUCGCGAAGUAAGCCAUUCAGGGCCUGCACCGGAUCCGAUACAUUACCAAAUACCGAGAAAAGACGCCGGCAAAUGCACAUGA